AUGUACCAUGGAGCUAAAACAAAGGUCAGGAGCCCGGCUGGAAUUGGUGAGGAGUUUAGUGUGGAGGUUGGGGUUCAUCAGGGUUCAGCCCUGAGCCCACACCUCUUCAACCUCUUCAGCCCACUCCUCGUCAUGGGCUACCUCACUAAUGAAAUUCAGCAUCCAGCACCUUGGGACAUUCUGUAUGCGGAUGACAUUGUUCUCAAAAGAAAACCGCCAGAAGAAUUGCAACAGUCUCUUGAUUUGUGGCGUGCCAGCCUGGAAGCAGCUUUGGAGACAAUGAUGAUCAGGCGCAGGCGCACAUACACUUGCAAGGUACUCCACUCCCAGUAG